CUUCCUUCACGUCCACCACGGUCUACAGCAUGAGUCGCCACCAACAGUCUCAGCCACCGUCCACGGAAUGUGGUAGGUCACCCAUAAAAAUAACCUGCGACGUUGAAAUCGGGGGAACGAGGCAAAAACGUCUACGUGAUGGAUAAUCCCGUGAGACGAUGGUUGAUUCCCCAGGUCAAUCCCAUGAUUCAUAGCCCUUGGAAUUCAUAGUCCUGCAUUAGCAUGAACCUCGCGAAACUCUACAGCUCGAGACGACCCUCUAAUCUCAAUGAAAUUCGCCGCGUUGUGGAGACUGUGUUGGGGGAUAAACAACAAUCCAGAAAUCUUUUGGAAACCAAAGGAGAAGAUGCGCAGCUAUGGCUGGAUACACUUCAAGUGCUCGCCGAAGUUCCUGGGGUGGGGGACAAGCUACGUUCGUCGAUUCUCAAGGUGAUGCUUCACCUGUCCAAGCGGUCCGGUCUCUGCCCACAAUGUCUCAUGAUUAAAAACGUGAAAAGACUCGGAGAUUUUCCUGUUGCAGGGGGUGGUUUUGGAGAUGUAUGGAAGGGCAAAAUCGGAGCGCAAAUUGUUUGCUUGAAGGUUGUGAAGGUUUACUUGGUUUCUGAUGUACAAGAUCUACUGAAGGAAUACAUGCGAGAAGCGAUUGUCUGGCAGCAGCUCAAACAUCCUAAUGUGCUACCGUUCAUGGGAAUGUACUACUUGGACAAGGCUCGAGGACAGUUGUGUUUGGUCUCUCCGUGGAUGGAACGAGGGAACCUUGUACGGUUCUUGAAAGAUACUCGCAAGGAAGAUGUAGAUCAUUAUUCAUUAGCGUACGAUAUCGCUUCAGGACUAUUAUAUCUGCACAGCAGGAAGAUUGUUCACGGCGAUCUGAAAGGCGUCAACAUACUGAUUACACCGGAUGAACGUGCCUGUAUUGGAGAUUUUGGGCUGUCGAGAGUAGCCGACACUCAUGCGCUGAGAUUGACUUCUUCCACGACGAUCCAUUCGAAGGGAACGACGAGAUGGCUUUCACCCGAGCUUUUGAAGUCGGAUCCACCGUGUCCUUCUUCAACGAGCAGUGAUAUAUAUGCUUUUGCUUGCGUGUGUUAUGAGAUCUUCAUGGGGAACAUUCCAUUCUACGAACUCACGGAUGGUGCAGCUAUUGUCGCUGUAUUGGUAGACAAGAAGGUUCCAUCACGUCCCAUAUCGCCUUUGAACGUGAACGACUAUAUGUGGAAUAUUAUGGUGUCUUGCUGGAAGACGGAAGCCCAGCUUCGACCGAGUGCAUCUGAAGUGUUCGCUAGUCUCGAUGGGAUCAAGAGUUCGAAAACGGGUAGCAAUGUUGAACCUGCUUCUGCUUGGGAUAACUUCGACUCGAUUCAGCUCUGGAAGAACGUGAAGUACCCUCUCCUUGACACGGCAGCGCUUGUGCGACUUCAGAAAAAGCUCAGCCAUCCUGCCUCAAUACAGUUGGCUACUACCUUCCCACCAUUGACUUCAAGGCGGGUGGUGGCGCCGACACAAACGUUUAUUCCAGAUAUGCAGGUUACAGAUUUCAAGACCGAAAUUGGUGCCUCCCUGAAAAACGUUAAAAGAUGGGAGGAAGCGCGUCGACAAAAGGAGCUCGAUUUCGCGUACGUUGAUCUCGGGGCUCGAGUCGCAGAUUGGAAGGGGGCUCCACUGCACUCUUGCGGUCAACUUAUUCUUCACGCAACACUCGUCUAUAUUAGCUCAAAUUUUAGUUAUGAAUAUCGCGUCUUCCUCUUUAAGGAGGUCGUCCUAUUUUGCUGGGACCCCACUCCUGCUCGCUAUCAUUUUGCGGUAAACGGGGAUAUUGUGUUAGAGCCGGGUCAGACGCAAAGACCGAUUACAGUCCGUGGCCUCACUGAUUUGAAGGCCAUAGUCAAGGCCGAAAUGGCUGAAAUAGUUGGAGCGUCUUCGGUGCAGUACGUGCUCAAUAUAUGGUGGAAGGCAGACGACCGUUCAGGCAACUAUUCGCUUCAGUUUCCUCAGGAGAGUCAAAUGCUGGCAUGGCGUUCAGCGAUAAUGAGCCUCAUCCGCCCACCUGACACUGAUCGUGACCAUGAAGCGCAAACCUCAACUCCUUAUCCAUCACCUCCUACUACACCGAGCUCAGAUCACGUUCCAGAACCGAACAAUCUAUCGACGAAUCAUAAAUCCAGUCGAGUGGUGGUCGUCGGUCAUUCUGAUCAGGUUCUUGAUCACGGGCGGCCCCUUCCUCCAUUGCCAGACCUGCCGAGCUCAAUCCAGAAGAGGGAAACCGAAAAGACAAAGACCAAUGGCAAUCAACAUAGUCGAGUCCAUGGUCCGCAAACAUCACCUUGUGAAGGACUAGUGUUGCUCGACCACAUUGACCGGGCUACUUUUUUGUGUCCCGGCGGCCUCACAAUUCCGACCGUUUCGAUAUUUUCGGUUACAAAGAACAGUUCCUAUUGAAAUCAAUAUACUACACAAGCGGUACAUUUUUACGAACGGAAUAAACAGUUGGACUCUUUUUUUACGAGCGAACCAAAUCAGAGUAGUGUGAUGCAAAUUAAUUCGUCC